AUGAGCUUCCUGUGGGUGGCUGGGUCUCCUGAUUCCCUCUCCUCUCUGCCAGGACCCCAGGCUUCUGCGGCCCUCUGCACCAAAGCUGUGUUCUAGACAUCGGAGCUGGAGGAGAGCAAUGCCUGGAUGGCAGUGAAGGAGGCUCAUAUGGAGAACACCAUGACCAUCAGCCUCACCAACCCUCCAGAUGCUGUCAUUGGCUGCUACCAGCUGAGCACCAAGGUUUCCUCUCGCUGCAAACACAGUAACCAGAAGCUGGGCGAGUUUGUUCUGCUUUUCAACCCAUGGUGCCCAGAUAGGAGCUCCUGAGAUGAUGUGUUUCUGGCCACAGAGGAAGAGAGACAGGAGUACAUAAUGCUCAAUGACAGCGGGAUCAUCUUCCGAGGAGUGGAGAAGCACAUCCGAGCCCAAGGCUGGAACUUCAGGAAGUUUGAGGAGGACAUCCUGAACAUCUGCUUCUGCAUCCUGGACCGAAGCCCUAGUCACCAAGAUGACCCAGCCACCACCAAAGCGUCCCACCGCUACAACCCCAUCCACGUCACUGGAGCCAUCAGCGCCAUGGUGAACAGCAACAACGACCAGGGCGUGAUACAAGGCUAGUGGCAGGGCAAGUACGGUGGCGGCACCAGUCCACUGCACUGGCGUGGCAGCGUGGCCAUUCUGCACAAGUCGUUCAAGGGCAGGUUCAAGCCAGUCAGAUACGGCCAGUGCUGGGUCUUUGCUGGGGUCAUGUGUACAGUCUUGCAAGCAUCCUGCUCUUCACUCCUUGGGUGCUUGGGGAUUUCAACAUGGGUUGUGUCCAAAUUUAACUUGGCACAUGACACGGGCAGGAACCUGAGUGUGGACAAGUACAUGGACUCCUUCGGGUGGACACUGGAGGACUUGAUGGAGGACAGCAUGUGGAAUUUCCAUGUCUGGAAUGAGAGCUGGUUUGUCCGGCAGGACCUGGGCCCCGCUUACAAUGGUUGGCAGGUUCUGGAUGCCACCCCCAGGGAGGAGAGUGAAAGUGUGUUCCGGUGCAGCCCGGCCUCGGUCACCGCCUUCCACAAGCGUGAUGCGCACUUGGCCCACGACAGUCCUUCUGUGUUUGUGGAGGUCAACGUGGACUACAUCACCUGGCUCUGGAAUGAGGAUGAAGCCGGGAGCGUGUGUCCUCAGACACUAAGUACUAAGAAGAUCAGGAGGUGCCUCAGGACCAAGGCAGUGGGCAGCGACUCCUGCGUGGACAUCACCAGCCUCUACAAGUACCCUGCAGGAUCCCAGAAGGAGAGAUAGAUGUACAGCAAGACCAUGAAGAAGCUGUUAAGAGUGGAAGCCUCUGGAAGGAGGGCCCAGGUCCACAGUGUGGGCAGCCAUGGUCUCUGGCAUGAUGACCUCCUGGAGCCUGCCAAUAAGCCCAGCAUCACUGGAAAGUUCAAGGUGCUGGAGCCGCCCGUGCUGGGCCAUGACCUGAGGCUGGUCCUUUGCUUGGCUAACCUCACAUCCUGGGUCCAGUGGGUCCAAGUCACCAUACUUUACACCCACAAGCCGGUGGCAGAGAUCCUGCACGAAUCCCAUGCAGUGAAGCUGGGACCAGAAGAAGAUAAGAACAUCCCAAUUGCAAUAUCUUACUCUCAAUAUAAGGAAGACCUGACAGAGGACAAGAAGAUCCUUUUGGCUGCCGUGUACCUUGUCACCAAGGGAGAGAAGCUCCUGGUGGAGAAGGACAUUACUCUGGAGGACUUCAUCACUAUUAAGGUGCUUGGCCCAGCCGCGGUGGGGGUGGAAGUGAUGGUGGUCAACCCCCUCUCGGAGAGAGUGCAGGACUGUAUGCUGAUGGUGGAGGGCAGUGGCCUUCUCCAGGGACAGCUCAGCAUCGAUGUGCCCAGCCUGCAGCCCCAAGAGAGGGCCUCAGUCCAAUUCAACAUCAUCCCCUCCAAGAGUGGCCCACGGCAGCUGCAGGUGGACCUUGUCAGCUCCCACUUCCCGGACAUCAAGGUCUUUGUGAUCAUCCACGUGGCCACAGCCAAAUUAUGGGCCAUGGGGGGCCAAGAGUGGAGGAGAUGUCCCCUGUUCUCCUCCUGUCCACCUCUCUGCCCUUCCCAUAUGGGAGCCAGGAGGUCUGGGUUCCAGUCCUGCUUCAGCUUCUGCCCUACUCUGUGA